AUGCUGACGAAGAUAUUCAGCGAACACGCCACCAAUUUCGUCGGCGCCGACCGCAAGCUGCGCGAAUUGAAGGAGGCGUUUCUAGCAAUGGGUCGAGAACUAAAGAGAUUCACAGCAGACGAAGGGAGCAGUUUCAUCUUUAUACCACCGCGGGCGCCGCACUUCGGAGGAUUAUGGGUAGUCGCGGUGAAGUCUGCCAAACACCACAUUGUUCGCGUAACCGGCAAUGUGCCACUCACAGCGGAGGAGUUAGCAACAGUGUUGACCGAAGUGAAGACCAUCCUCAACUCUCGCCCCCUAGUACCUCUGAGCCAAGAUACCAAUGACGGCGAGGCGUUACCACCAGCCUAUCUACUUAUAGAAUACUUCCUGCGGUCAUUACCCCCAGAGCAGGUGACAGUGGACCCAGUUCGUUGUUGA